AUGGAGUGCUGCCGACAACGCGCUUCAUACGCGUCAUGGCGAAUAGCUACGUUUCGUCAACUUUUCCUCACAGCUGCAAACCCUGUAUCGUCCAAUCGCGUCCUUCGGCGUGGAAUCUCAAGCUCCAUCGGCCGGGACGAGUCGCGAAGCCCAGAAUCUCAGAAUGAAGCCGACGCGCAGGAGCUAGAUCAGGGCAAUGUGAGGAAAACCGGAGAAGCAUCAUCUCAAACAGCUCAAUCUGUCCGUCCUUCGCAGCUACUGCCUCAAUCGCCUUUGCUCACAAAAGCACUUCCCGGAGUCGAGAAGAAGCGCAAGAAUCGGCCAACUCAGAGUGAUGCAGACCGGUUACGUCUCAAUCCCUGGGCAGUAGCACUGGCAUCGCCUCUACGUAUGUGUACAGUUACCGGAACUCGUUUGCCACGGGAGUUUUUUACGGAUUGGGGUCUGGUCCAACGCCCGGACGACGAGGGGCUCUGGUUCAUGCCUGUUGGUCUCCUACGCGACGAAUUAUCGUCCUCGAAAGUCACGCAAGCUGAUCAACAUGAUCAAGCCGAACAAUUAUCUCCGAAGAACAGAUCGCUUCGCUCCCUCACUCUACGAAUUAUCGACCGUCUUCCCCUGCUGAAGGACUUAACCAUACCGCUUGCGCGAAACAAGAGUGGGAGAAGACCCCUGAUCACAAGAAUGGUGCCUUUUCGAUGGAAGCACCCGCUGGGACCCCUUACAACUCGAGAGGAGAAACGGUUGAUUUGGCGGGAGGACAUGCCUGAGUUCGUUCUUGAGAGAAUGCGGAAGCAUGUCCUAAAGAGACUCAAAGACAUGUACGGUGCGCAGAAGCGGUCGAAAUCAAGGCUCGGGUCUUUAAGGAUCAUUGAGGUCAAAGACACUUCUUACGAUGCUCUUCUGGAAGGCUUAGGACGCUUGGAGAAGAUCGAGCGCAUGGAAUGCGGUGGGGUGCUGGUCAUGGGCCGUCAGUUGGAACAACGCGAGAAUGGAGAUUUUGAAACCGCUCAAGAGCAGGUUCACGAUCACGAACCAGCAAAGUCUCUGUAUCCGGAUUUGGUGACCCUUCCACAGUCCCAGUCGAGAGUACCCGUCUUUGACCUGCCUGAGCUAUUGUCUCCAGCCGAUCUAGCAGAAAUCAGGAGCUAUGGUCCACACUUUGAGAAGACUGCUCUGAUCCUGAGCCCCGUCAACCCAGCGGCCGUUCAAGCUCUUCUGGCGCUGUGGAAACUGAAGGCAUUCCUCAGGCCCCAGGAAGCGUGA